AUGUCCCACGAACAAAACAACAACUAUGGGGAAGGCUUUUAUAAGCCCAACCAAGGGUUCCCCGGAUAUCAAACCCAGUACAACCAUCCGUACACCCCGCCAUACAGUCCGCCACAUCAUCCACACAAUCCUUAUCAUGAUUGGCAUUAUCACUCUCAGUACUAUCCCAGGCCUGAUCCGCGAGCCGGAUUUCCGAGCCCGCCUCCCCAGUAUCAACCUCAACCUACCUGGGGAUACGAACCCACCAAUCCCCCUGCAAACGAAGGCAGAAUGACCGUCAACAACAGCAACUGCGGUAGCGCCACCACCAGCAAUUUCGGCAACACCAACAUGACCAACUGUGGCAACAACCAUCAAGGCAAUCGUCAUGUCGAGAAUUAUGGGAACAUGCGGACCCAGAACCAGCAUGGCACCCGGACUGCAAGAGUCGGCAAUGUCUCGAGCAAUGGCGGAAGUGCCAGCGCCGACACCAAGAACAGCAGCAAGGGCUAUUUGCCGAACGCUAGGGUGAAGGCAGGCACCAAUUACAAUUCCGGAUACCAGACUGGUGGUGGUGGAGGGUCUGUUAACAUUGGUCCUGGUUUUUAG